AUGGAGAAAGAAGUCCCCAUCACUGCACAGUAUCUGCUCGACCACGGAGUGAAACUCAAUCAUCAUGACGAAAAGAAUGUUCUGCUGGAGUUCAACACCAACCAGCACUUCGUAUUCCCCGAGGGUGGCGGGCACGCAAUUAUCAACGCCCUGUUCGACCAUAUUCGCAAAUUUGAUGAUGUGUCGAUAAUGUGGGAGACGCAAGCAGAACAAUUGCUGACCCAGGAUGACGGGACUGUUUGCGGCGUGAAAGUUCGAAAGGCAGACGGACACAUGACGAAAGUCCACGGUAAGAAAGUCAUGUUGGCUUGCGGUGGGUUCGAAGGCAACCGUGAAAUGCUGGGCAAAUAUGUAGGACCAAGGACAGAGCAUCUUGAACUCAUCGCGCCUGGCCUCAAGUACAAUACCGGGUUCGGCCUGAAGAUGGGGUUGGAAGUUGGUGCUGCUGUUGCAGGUUCAAUGAGUGGCAUGCAUUGCGAGCUCGUCGACACCCGAGCCACGAAACCUGAUGCUGUGAUCUGGGGCCACAACUACGGUAUCGUCGUGAACGAGCAUUGCAAGCGUUUCUAUGAUGAGGGCAAACGACACCUGUUCGCAACGUUCGAGAUGAUUGCUCUUGAGACCUGGCGAGACCACAACCAGAAAUCAUACUUUAUCACGGACAGUCCCAUCAUGGACCGCUUCCGACCAGGCUGGGUUUAUGAUACCACUGACCAGGAGCCUGAGAAGAGCGACACCAUCGAGGGCUUGGCCGAAAAGCUUGGACUGGAUCCACAAGAGCUGAAGAAGACAGUGGAUGAGUUUAACGCGGCAAUCAACGACAAGGAAUUCAACUUGAUGACGCUUGACGGCAAGAGGACACAUGGUCUAAACCCCGACAAGACCAACUGGGCCAACCCCAUCAACAAACCCCCCUAUUACGGAUAUCCAAUGAAAGCACAACUUACCUUCACCUAUGGUGGGCUCAAGUGCGACCUUGAUUCGAGAGUGCUGGCAACGACAGGGGUUCCGAUUCCAGGGCUGUACUGUGCUGGAGAGUUGAGCGGAUUGUUCUAUAACGAGUGUAAGUUCUUUCUUUGCGCCUUGACCCCGGGUUCCGAUCUAUAG